AAUCCUUCUCUCAUUUUGUUUGUGGAACGGAACGCUGAUCCAAAAUGAGGCUGUUGCGCAGGUUGCUUUGUGCUGUGGUAGUGGUGGCUGUGAUUCCCCUGCCAUGUUAUGGAGAAGACAAGUGUGCAGGAAGUCCUGGGAUCCCAGGGACCCCAGGAGCGAAUGGAUUGCCUGGAAGGGAUGGAAGGGAUGGUAUGAAAGGAGACCAAGGGCCACCAGGACCUAUGGGGCCCCCUAAUGGCUUGCCAGGUGCUCCCGGAAGAGAUGGGCUUCCUGGUCCAGAAGGGGAAAGGGGGGAACCAGGAGUGAAGGGAGACCGAGGAGAACCUGGACCACAAGGCCGUCCUGCUUCUCUUGACCCUGAAGUGCAAGAAGUCCUCAGCUAUCUGUUGAAAAAAAUUCUGCAUCUUGAAGGAGUUCUUGCUUUGGAAGGAAUGGUAACUAAAGUGGGAAACAAAAUACUUGCUACCAAUGGGAAGGAAGUGGAUUUUGAAACUACACGCCAAACAUGUCAAAAUUCUGGUGGUUCAGUUGCAACCCCCAUGAAUGAAGCAGAGAAUGAAGCUAUUCUGGGAAUUGUGCAAGAGAAGAAUCGAUAUGCCUAUCUGGGAAUGAAGGAGGGCCCUGUUCCUGGGGAAUUCCUUUAUUCGGACGGGUCACCGGUGAACUAUACAAACUGGCGUCGAUAUGAACCAAAUGGCAAAGGAACAGAAAACUGUGUAGAGAUAAACACUGACGGAGGGUGGAAUGACAAAAAGUGCAACCAGUAUCGUCUCACCAUUUGUGAAUUCUGAAUAUACCUCUUCAUCUGUGCAGCAAGCCUAAGUUAGUUUAACUACAAUGGCAUCUUGGGAUUUGUAGUUCUCUGAGGGUAUUCAAAGUGUUUUACUAACAUAGCUUCUCUAAGGAAACUUCCUUAGUUCAGUGCUCAUAAUCUAAUUUAGCAAAACAUUAGAUCUUCUGUCCAGCCUACUUCAAAUAAAAUUUUUAAAAAAACUCAUCUAAGCAAGUGC